CGCAAUGCAAGUACUACGUGACAAACUGAGAAAACUCAAACGAAAGGAGUUCGUUCCCGAGCGUCCCUCGUCGGAAGCUCCGACACUGGUAAUUGGGCGUACGAAACGUUACGGGCUUUUCCUUCUCAACCAGGUUGUACCGCCUGACGACUCAGAAGGCCAUCUUAUGGGAGUCGAUAUCGUAGCCAUACACGGUCUGAACGGUGACGCGUAUACAACGUGGGAACACGAGAAUGAUACUUUGUGGCUUCGAGAUCUGCUGCCACAUGCUCUUCCCGGCUCUCGCAUAUUCACUUAUGGUUAUCCGUCGGAAGUCUUCCGCAACAAUUCGGCAGCCAAAUUACGAGAUUACUCGCGAAAUCUUUUAAUAUCGCUCAACUCUGUAUCGGGAUCACAGCAGCGCCCACUGAUAUUUGUUUGCCACAGUCUUGGAGGCAUAGUCUGCAAGCAGGCUCUCGUGCUAGCACACGAAGAUAACCAUCUUUAUGGUCAAAUACUGUCGGCCACGUCAGCCAUUAUCUUCUUCGGCACCCCACAUCGCGGUUCAAAGGGAGCUGACAUCGGAAAAGUCGUAGCUAGAACUAUAAAUCUAUGUCUACGUGUAUCUCAAACCUCCAGGAUUACUGGGCCAAUACGAGAUGACCUUCUCAUAACUUUGGGAUCAAAUUCUCAAGAACUGAGCGAUCUUGCAGUUUCUUCCAGAAACCGAAUGAGGAAUUUGGAGGUGGUUACAUUCUAUGAAACUGAGACGAUGCCUGGAUUAUCUGAAUUAAUCGUUGACCGACAAUCAGCCAUAAUGGAGAUACCAGGUGAAGACAUAAUACCACUUUAUGCGAAUCAUCGAACUAUGUGCCGCUUUCAUGGAACAACAGAUGACAAUUACCGCUACACUCUGAGGGCCAUUCAAAGACUAGUCAAAGCAGCUCUUCGGAACCAAGAUUUGGCACGACAAGUGGAUAGUAAAUCAUCUAACCGGUCGUUUACGGAAAUCGAAAGAGCCUGUAUGAUUUUGCUAAACUCAAUCUACUUGAUAGAAUACCGAGCGGAAUUACCGAAGCCGGUACAAGGAACGUGCCACUGGGUAUUAACGGACCCAUCAUUUCGGACUUGGGUGACUACGGAAAGAACAAAACUCCUGUGGAUCACAGGGGAGCCUGGAUGUGGAAAAACCAUGCUCUCGACUUAUCUGAUAGAGCAUCUAACACUGGGACAUGCUCCCAAUGUUAAGUCUCAAGUUUUUUAUUUCUUUUGUGACGACAAAGUGAAGUAUCAAAGAGACGGAAACGCUGUACUUCGAGGCAUCCUGUAUCAAAUCCUACAGCAACAUCGAAAGCUUAUCAAGCACGUCAAAAACCGGUUUGACGUUGACGGUCCUAGCCUAGCAAAUUCGUUUCCGGCACUUUGGGAGCUCUUCCUGAAAGUAGUUACUGAUUCAACCUUGGGACCUAUCGGGAUAAUACUAGACGCGGUUGACGAGUGCGAAACCAAAACGCGAAACAGCUUGCUGAACGCUCUAGCACAGCUAAUCAAAGAAUCUGGGAAUAAGUAUGCACAGUCGAACAACUACAUCAAGUUCUUGAUAACUAGUCGUUCAUCCUUUCGUUCUUCACGCAGUUUCGGAGAAUUAAUGCGACACCAAAUAUGCAUCGAACGGAACCAAACAAAUACCAACGAAGAUGUGAAGUUGGUGAUUCGAAGCAAAGUACAUGAAAUUGCGGAAAGAUUCCAUUGUGACGAUGCAACAAAAAACUACUUGGAAGAAGCAUUAUAUUCAAAAUCUGAUCAGAGUUUUCUCUGGCUGAAUAUGGUACUUCAUAGCCUGGAAAGAAGUUCAAAGGCAUCUAAGAGGGACUUCGAACGGAUCAUUAAUACAUUCCCACAAGAUCUCGAAAAGACUUACAGCAAGCUUUUAUCUGAUAUACCACCUGUGGAUCGGAAUGACGCUGGGAAAUUGCUUCGGCUACUUGUAGGAAGUUCGAGGCACCUGACUUUAACGGAGAUGAAUAUUGCAUUCACAGUCGAUACGAAACAUGAAUCCGUAGCCGAUAUACUGGAUGAUUUGCAGCUUUCUAUUGACGCUACACUGCAGAGCGUAGUGGGAUCGUUUAUCCGCAUCAAGCGAGUGAAGGAACCGUCGUACGGAGACUCGAAAAUUUCCUUGAUACACCAGUCAGUCAAAGAAUAUCUGACAGACUUUGCGCCCCUUUCUCCAGUCGGUAUCAUAAGAAGUCUGGCAGCUCCUCUGAACUAUGCUGCGCUAAGCAUAUCCGGAUCGUGCAUCGCAUAUCUCCUUUUGGGUGAUUUCCAAUUGGAUAUAUUUGCCCCGAGACGGACUAGCUUUGAACCCAGCUCGUCCGAAACCAGCUCGCCCGAAUCUUUCCAUUCUUUCCCACUUGAUGAACCAAUUUCAAGCGCCCUUUUCGGCCAGGACGAUGAUCUGGGCUUAGACUCUUUCUUCGGAGACUCGCAAAACGUGGACGAAGAAAAAUGUGCUCAAAUUGCCCAGAAAUAUCGAUUCUAUGACUACUCUGCGAUUCACUGGGCCGAACACUAUUCGCUAUGCGAAAGCAUUGCGCCGAAGCACAUUCGAGAUGCUGCUUUUCAGCUCACUGAGUGCUCUAACUAUCUCGUAAAGAAUUGGUUGAAUUAUUACUGGACCAAACGAAAUAUGGAAUAUUCAUUUCCAAAACGGUUUACAAGGGUUGAGUUGGCUGCGUUCUUCAACUUGCCAGUGUUGCUUGUUGAUACUCUGGAAAAGGCGGAGUUCGAUAGCAAAGAAUCCAUAGAACGGGCAUUGUUCUGGGCUGCAAGAAAAUGCUCUAUCGAUUGUAUCCGAGUCUUGUUACGAUAUAACGCCAACCCUAAUAUCAUAGGUAUCGACAGGCAAACUCCAUUGACUGUGGCUGCACAAUAUGGGCAUUUGGACGCCGUCCAGAUGCUUCUGAAUGAAACUCGCACUGACUUUACUGUAAAGGGAAGAUCCGGAAGAUCAGUGUUGUCAUUUGCAGCAGGGAAUGGCCAUCUGGACAUUGUUGAAGCGCUUUUGCACCAUAAUGCCUUCAGCAAUGACGAUCGAGAUAACGACCAGUGGUCGCCAAUUUUCUGGGCUGUACAAGGGGAUUUCACAGACAUUGUGAAACUACUGUUAGAACAAAGGUCGCUUAACGUUAACCAAGUCGACAUAACUGGGCGCUCAGUUCUUUCCUGGGCCGCAGGGGAAGGUUGUAGGGAAACCCUGAAAGCCUUACUUCGCCACCCUUCUAUCGACCCCAACCUGAAAGAUUCGAAAGGCCGCUCUCCAUUGUCCUGGGCAGCAGGAAAUGGCCAAAGCGAAGCAGUCAGAAUUCUUCUACGCCAAAACACGGUCGACAAGGCCAGCAAAGAUAAAGACCUCAGGAAUGUCAUCUCAUGGGCUUGUCAAGGCGGCCACACAGAUACUCUGCGCAUUUUGCUGAAGCAUGGGUGCGACGGCGUGGAUGAUGCAGAUGCUGACGCUUGGACACCGUUGUUAUGGGCUCUUUUCACUCAGUCAACUACAACGGUAGAGGUGCUUCUUUCAAGUCGCCGCGUGCAGAUUGAUCGCCGAGACAGCUUUGGUCGCACGGCAUUGAUAUGGGCCGCAAGUUAUGGGUAUCUGGAUGUGGUGAAGUUACUGGUAACAUGGAAUGCUGAUCUACAUGUGAAGAACCAUAGGGGAGAAAAAGCGGCUGAUGCUGCAAAACUCGAUGGACAAAUGGAAGUAUGGGAAUUCUUGAAAGCCCAAGAAUCUGAGGAGUCUAGUGUCUAG